AUGCCCCACUCACGCGUCCAUUUACGGUGUCGAGCGUCCCCAUCGGCGACCUCCAAGCUCAAGGUCAUACUACAGGAUGACCAGGCUUAUGGCUUCAUCCGUUACAACCGCCGCGACCUCAAGCCCCGAUUCAAGUCCCUCACAGAGAUCCGCGAGCCAUACUACUCGGACAAGCUGAAGGAGCUCAUUAACCUAGCCUACCAACACGACGUAUACAUCUCAACUACAUCACAGGGCGUUUGGAUCAAACACUUCCUCACCCAGUCCAACCCCGAAGCCGUUGUCGAUCGCUACCUCGAAACUUGCAAACGCCUAGGUUUCGACGUUGUCGAGUUCUCCAUCGGCUUCCUCUUGCUGCCGCCCGACAACUAG